GGCCAGUUGUUUCUGGAUCAUGGAAUGAACACUGUGAAUGAAGAUGUCAUUUCCAUUACCGAGGGAGUGCACCACCAAGUGUCGCUCAGAGGAGCAUGCAAGCGAACUCAUAACUACGGUGACAAGUAGGGCUGCUACAGUGGAUCAGCUAAAGGCAUAUUGUCUGCAACGCUGUGCAAAUUUUGCACAUGUCCGUGAUGAGCUUGGCCGGACUGUUCUGCACAUGGCGGCAGCAUGUGGUCAGACAGAGCUCGUGUCCUGGUUGCUAGAAGAUGCACACUGUGAUGUCCAGCUCAUGGAUUAUGAGUCCAGGUGGAAUGCCCUACACAAAGCACUGUUUUAUGGACAGUUGUCAGUGGCUAGGACUCUCAUUAUGCAUGGUGCAAGUCUGACCGCAUGUGCAGACUAUGAUGGAUUCAAUCCACUAGACAUUGUGGUAAAGGAUCGACGGAUACCAGACCAGUUUUCAUCUAGUGAUCCCGGUGAUCUUUAUACAUGGGGUGACAAUGCAAACUUCACACUAGGACAUAGUGAUGGAAAGAGCAAGCAUUAUCCGGAAAUGGUCGUUGAGUUUAAGAAACAUUCGCUAUCGAUCAAACAGGUGGUGAUGUGUGAGUUCCAUAGCGUGGUUCUGACUCACUGUGGCCGGGUGUACACAUGUGGUCAUGGACGUGGGGGUAGGCUCGGUCAUGAUGCCAUGACAUGUCUAAUGCCCAGACAGGUUGUGGGCAUGGACAAUGUCAUGUAUGUUGCCGCUGGGCUAAAUCACACGGUGAUGCUCACUGAUGCAGGAUCUGUUUGGACAUGUGGUUUAGCCACAGCUCACUCCUUGUCAACCACGAGUCCAAGAUCAGAGGAGGCUUCUUUCAGUCCCAAAAUGCUCGGUGCAAAAAUCAUGAAGACAUUGUGCAUCGUUGGGAUUUGUGCUGGACGGUUCCACACAGUGCUAUGGACUGCUGGCUCCGUAUUUACGUUUGGCGUCAAUGCUGGACAGUUAGGACACGCAAGGACAUCAGAACUGAUUAUAUCACAACCGCGACUUGUGGCGGCCCUUGACCACAAGGACAUCAUUCCAAAGCUGGUCUCCUGCUGCGAGGGUGCCACUGUCUGCGUGACAACGAAGGGCGAUGUUUACGUACUGCACGAGUACCAAACAAGAAAGAUUGCCUCCAAGCAUGUAGAUGCUGUGAGGGUAACAGCUUAUGGUGGGCAUCUAGAUUGUGGUGGCAAGAUCGAGGGCCUGAAUGAGAGGGGUGGCCAUGAGCUGAGAAUCCUACUGCUUUCUUCUACCAACAAGCUGUAUUCAUGGAGAGCCUCUGAUCCUAUAAUGCGGAGGGUUUUGUUCACAAGCUACCGAUCUGCUCUAUUCACUGAAGUUGCUCUGCAUAGACAUGGCGCCAUCAUGGCAACCAGUGAUGGCGAGGUGUUUCUAGCUACUUUUAAGAAGAGGGGUCCUACGGUGAAGGAAAAGGAAGUGGUGUCUAGCAAAGAGAAAUCUAGAGAGUGGGACACGUUCGUAUACCGUGGCAUGGCGGAGUUAUUGAACAUCGAGGACUGUGAGGUGGCACUACUGCAGCGUGUCAGCGGUGUGCAUAGAGCUACGGCUGUGUCGUGCGAUCCAAGCGGUCGCAAUUUCGCUGCUGUGCAGUCGGACCCAAACACCAGUAUGACGGAGGUUCCGUGCGUUGAAGCGAGUACGAUGUGGCAGAAUCUGAAGCAGCUAUAUGAUGAGACGGACAGCUUCGAUAACAUACAUGACGUCUGCAUCAAGGUGCUUCAAAGGUCAUUCUAUGCCCACGCAUACAUCUUGUCUUCGAGGAGCGAGUUUUUUCGCAAAGCGCUGGACUGUGGUUCUGAGCAGCCUGGCACACACCAUGUUGAGGUGGACGGCAUUCAUCCCGAUAUCUUCGCCGAGAUCCUAACGUAUAUGUAUACAGACACCUGCCAUCCGCUGCAGCCUGGCUCAAAGUUUCAACUGCAGCAUCUAGAGGGCGUCACUGGUAAUGUGCUAUCGAUGAGUGACACAGGACAGGAGCCCCACUGCGGCGAUUUUUUGGACCUGCACGGUCAAAAGGUGGAGCACUUGCCAAAAAAGGCCAAAAAAGGGCAAAGAGUACUCGCUGAUGGGGAUGGCCACCACAUCAAAGGGAAGGUUGAUUCGAACCCCAUCAUGCUACUGCAAGAAGCUGCGCGAAGGCUAGGCAUCUUCAACCUUGCUAAAAGGUUGGAAGGUGUGAAACAUAUCAGUGGUAGAGUUCAGUCAACGGGCAAGAUGGUCCAUUGCAAAGACUUCACGUUCUCACGGAACCAGUUUCCAGAGCUACACGAUGUCACAUUACAGGCACAAGAUGACAGUACUAUAUCUUGCCACAAGUGUGUCUUGGUUGCCAGGCUGGAGUACUUCCAUAGCAUGCUAACUUCAGGCUGGAUCGAGGCAUCCCAGGAGACACCGCUCAAGCUUCCUGUGGCCAGUAAGGUGCUGCAUUGCAUCGUCGACUACCUGUAUACAGACUCUGCAACUAGUCUGAUGGGCACAGAAGACACAGAGUUUGUGUGCAGUGUCCUCGUUGCUGCUGACCAGCUUCUAAUGGGGCGUUUAAGAUCGCUGGCUGAGAUAGCGCUGUCCCUGCAAGUGUCUCUGCGAAACGUCGGAGAGAUUCUGGAGUUGUCCUACGUGUACAAUGCACCACAGCUACAAUGCUACUGUCAGCAGUUCAUCUGCCUGAACCUGCCAUCAGUGCUGGAAGGCCGGACACUGGACGUCUGCAGCAAUGACGUCGUGGAUCGACUGACGGACCAUUACCGCCAGACGGUGCAAGCCAUGUCGCACCGAGUGAUCACACCAUUCUACAACACCCCAGAUUUCUCACAGCUAGACACGAGUUUUACACUGGUAACCCCUCUGGCCGAUAAUGGUAUGCCAAAUGACAGUGCGGCAUCACAGCGGGUGAAGCAGCGCAAGAAGUCGCGUGGUGCGAAGUCCCGGAGUGUAAGCGAAAGCAAAGAAACACUGGCUGGUGGUGACAGGCAGCGACUAGAGUCUGUGUGCUCUAUAGUGUCAGUUGAUGAGGAUUACAACGUAGAGGACCCUCUCUCCUCACCAAAUGAUAGUUUCCAUGAUGAUGAUCUUCCACAGAAGCAAGAAGAUAUUAGAUCUCUUGCAGGUGUUUUGAAUGACAGCGCUCAUGGUCAAGAGGUCAAAAAUCAGGAAUCACUACAACAGCCUCCCCCCGCUCAGGGAUAUUAUAGUCAACCAAGUAAAGACCCAUUGCCACAGUCACUCCACAUUCAGGGGUCCUAUAGCCAAUGGGGAGCAGUUUCUCCACAGUCUCCUCCUAGUUCUGGUAUAAUCAGCUUACGAGACAUCAUGGAUGAAGAGCAGCACCAGAUUGUGAAAGCAAAGAGGUUACCACGUAUUAAAAAGCCAUUUCAAAAAGUUCAGCUAAGCCCACAGAAUCAUAACCAUGGCAACCAAACAAACUGUAAUAGAGAGGAUGCAGCUGCAGUUAGCACUGGCAAUAUGCAGCAACCUUGGACUGGUGGUUUGACAAAAGUCGUUAGCUCCUUCAGGGAUCUGAUGUUAGAGGAGGAGAAGUGUAGUCAACCACUGACCCCUGCCAAACACCAUACUCGUUUGACGCAGAGGUCCACCCCUGGAAAGGCAGUGGAAAGGAAGAUAAGCUGGGACGUUACCACAAGCAACACCAGGCCAUCUGAUCCAGCAACUUCAAAUCCAUGGAGUGGGGCAGGAGAGUUACAGCAAGGCAGUAAGCCGGUCCCUGUAACAAGCUUCAAUGAAAUUGUUCUUGAUGAGAUAGAGAGUCAUGCAGAGCUGACGAAAAUUUCCAAAAAACCUCUAACUGCCAUUCAGGUCGAGGAGCAGGCUAUGCAAGAGUUGCUCCUUCAUUAUAAUUCCAUGCAUAGCUAUGAUGAGCUCAUUACUGUUGAACGAGUACAGCGUCGAAACAUUGCCCGUCCACUCUGGACCAAGCACCCAGUGACACACGGUGGUGCCAUCUAGUGUAUAUGUCUGGAAUCGUCGUGCAGGUGGCCAGUGUGAACACUAUCUCAUCUGAUUUGGGGUAAACGACGAGAUACUGGUGGUAAACUGGUAAAUAGAAUUACGAAUGGUAUAUAAGUUUGUGGCACUUUCAUAGCUCCUAUGGACCUCUCUCGUUAGUGCUCCUCAGUGCCAAGUAGAGGUACUUGAAUUGUAUUAUAUCUGCCUAAAUUGGAAGUAGCUGACCUGCUAAGGACUAGAUGCAGUGAAGCAAGCUGCUGAUAUAUGUAAUGCAGCAGACAUAGCUAUUUCACGUCUCUUCUCAUCUGCAGACAUAUAGCAGACUCCAUCCGAGAGUGGUGUGCAUGUGGGAUUUGGUGCUGUGUACAGAAUGUCAUGUCAGUAUUUUGUAUUCGAUGAAUUGGUUCAUAUUUAUUGAGAUUUAUUUUCAUCUGCUCAAUACACAUUUACAUAAAGGGAUUAACAUAUCACUGUGUACUAACUGUAGGUGUUUUAGAACAAAUCAUAUCGGUGUAAAAGCUUCAUUACUGUUUGCAUACGAAAAGUUAUUGGCUACACUGAUUCACUUAUUGAAUAUAAAUUCCUAAUGGCUUGAAUAGGAAUUUUCCAUUAUGUUAUCCUCAAAUUUUGUUUAGUACUUUUUAGUAUUAUAGAUCGCUAGAUAAAUCUUUAAAGCCGCACUAUGCGCAUCCAAACGUUAAUUUCUCCAGUACUAGACUAGCAAAUACUUCGUGU